GAUUCAAAAGUUAAAAAAUAUUCCGGCUGUUAAGUUUUCUUUAACCUGUUAAAGUGGAGAAAGUUCAGCUCGCCUCUCCCACAGACUAACAGCACUUCAUUCAGCAGCUGCUGCGGAGCAGUGGGAGAGUGGGAGGGUCUGUCGGUGAGCCUGCACCACUUUACGCUGUGAAGUUGUAGCAGCGGGGAGGUUAUCACCAUCAGUGUGGAUUACUGACAGCACCCAGGUGACUGGACCGAUGAGAUGAUACUGACACACAACAGGAGCCCUCUUCUGCUCACCGUCACCUGCAUGUGCUUCUCAGGAGGUCUGCUGUGGUCCUACCAAGAGGAGGAUGCCAGUGACGGUGGAGAGUGCUCUGAAAAUAACAUCUCUACAACAAAGUACCCCUGCGUGAAGUCGACUGGAGAAGUUACGACGUGUUACAGAAAGAAAUGUUGCAAGGGCUUCAAGUUUGUGUUGGGCCAGUGUAUUCCUGAAGAUUAUGACGUAUGCGCUGGUGCCCCCUGUGAGCAACAGUGUACUGAUAAUUUUGGUCGGGUGGUGUGCACCUGUUACCCUGGUUACCGCUAUGACCGGGAGCGCCACAGAAAGCGAGAGAAGCCCUACUGUCUGGACAUCAACGAAUGUGCGGACAAAAACACGACUGUGUGUUCUCAGAUCUGCGUCAACUCUGUGGGGAGCUACAGGUGUGAGUGUGAGAAAGGCUACUUCCUGGAAGAAGAUGGGAAAACAUGCACCAAGGGGGAGAGAGCAGUGCAUCUCUUUGAGGAAUCUGACAAUGUGAUGAAUACUGGAACUUGCUCAGCCACCUGUAACGAUUUCCAACAGAUCAAGAUGUCUGUCAUGCAGCUUAAACAGAAGAUGGCCAUGCUGUCAAGCAGUGCUGACGUCCCUGAGCAGAUGACCAGUGAGAAAAUCCUGACAUCCUCCAUAUUUUUACCAGGGCCUCCAGGUCUCCCUGGCCCUCCAGGAGAUCCAGGACCAGAGGGCCCUCCAGGAUUUCAAGGACUAUUGGGGCCCCCUGGCCCUCCUGGUCCCAGGGGCUUGAUGGGGCCCAUUGGACCCACACCAGAUCUGUACCACAUCAAACAUGGCCCUCGAGGACCGGUGGGUCAUCCAGGAGCACCAGGAAAAGAUGGCCUUAAGGGGGACAGAGGAGCUCCUGGGCCUGUCGGACCACCAGGCCCUCCAGGCUCCUUUGAUUUCCUGCUCCUUCUGAUGGCUGACAUCCGCAACGACAUCGCUGACCUGCAGAGCAAGGUGUACGGUCGACCGAUGCACUCCCCGGGGGAGGAGUUUGCUGCGGUCCCCGACACCUGGAGAGAAAACCAGGACAGUCUGGAUACAGGCUCGGGCGAGGACUACAAGGAACCUCCACCUCGAACAGGAGGAGGGGCCAAGAGGAGUAGGAAGAGGAAACCAGCGAGAGACAGAACAGACUUUGACUGGAAUAUGUAAAGAGGGUGGAUUUAAAUACUUUAUGUCAGGUGUAAAUAUUGAAGUGGUUUGCUUUUUUUUUUAUUUAACUGUUUAUAAACAGAAUGUACUGUAUGUCUUUGGAUCACAGAUGUUUAUUUUUGUAUGAUAUACAAGAUGAUGUGUGACUAUUUUUUAACAAAAUGAGUAGACUGUGCAAAUGCAUGAUUUUUUUAAUUUUAUAUUUUCAGAAACAUAUGGUUCCUUCACAGCACAUUAAACAAGUCUCUCAUGAAAGACAUUUGUUCCUCCCACUGUAUUAUUCUGCUUCACAGAAACUAUAAGAAAGUGAGCCACCAGAUACAUAAAUGAUGAACUGACUGAAUGUUGGACUGGAGCAUUGAAACUGCAUUGGGACUCUGCUGCUGUCUAGUGCUGCAACUAAUGAUUAUUUUUAUAUUAUAAUAUUUAUAUUACACUUUUUCAUCACAA